AUGGCUACCCAGUCGAAGCAAAAGAAGCUGAAGGGCGGCCGACAGAAGUUGAAGCUCUUUCGCGCCAACGAACCCUUAAAAAGUGUCCUCAUGUGGGGUAUCAAUCAUUCUCUUACUACUCUACAACAUAUGAAACCGCGUGCGGUGCUAUUGAAGGACGAUUUUAAAGCCUAUCUCAAAAUUAAAGUUAAGGGACAUCUGUUUAAUAAAGAGAAUAUGCCAAGUCGGUUUAAAUUCAAAGAGUACUGUCCACUGGCAUUCCAAAACCUGAGAGAGAGGUUUAAUGUGGAUACGAAUGACUACUGGGAGUCAUUCACACGUUACCAACCAUUGUGGGACAGUGUGAGUAGUAAGUCGGGCUCCAAACUACUGGUGACGUACAAUAGGCAUUACGUUCUGAAGAUGAUCAGCUCAGAGGAGGUGGAACAGAUGCAUCACUUCAUUGAGAGCUAUCAUGAGUUUCUGCUUUACAUCGACAUUCGAUUCUCCACCUUUGAUUGA